GUUUCGGCCGACAAUAAGCACGGAACAAAAUUUUCAGGGUUGACCAUGAAUCAGAAAAGGAUCAAGGUUCAUUCUUUUGUCUGAAAUCAAAACAUUCCUCUUUGCUCUUCUGCUUUGUUGCUGUGAUCUGAAAGGGCGAUCUUCAGUGAUCUGUGCAAUACGCUGCCCGGAUCCUUUCGCAGGCGGUGUCUCACCAACAGCAGUCCUACAGACAGGACGCAAACAUGUUGCGGUUGCAUUGUGUGGCACAGAACUAUGCCUGGGGGAGGCUGGGAAAGGAGAGCGAAGUCGCUAAGCUGCACUCAUCCGGGACGGGUGCGAUUGUGACUGCAGCUACGCCGUAUGCAGAACUAUGGAUGGGGACUCAUCCUAGUGGACCAUCCUUGGUCUCCUUCGCAUCAGAUGAAGCAGGUGCUGCAGAUAACAAGCUGCUUCUUUCUUCUUGGUUGCAUCAGCAUCCGCAGGCACUGGGAAGUGCAACUCAAACCAAAUGGCAUGGCGAGUUGCCCUUUCUCUUCAAGAUCUUGUCUGUAAACACCGCACUAUCCAUUCAAGCGCAUCCCGACAAGAAGCUGGCAGAAGCAUUGCACGCAGAGAGGCCAAAUGUUUACAAAGACGACAACCACAAGCCGGAGAUGGCUUUGGCGCUCACAGAAUUUGAGACGCUCUGCAGCUUCGUUACAACAGAAGAACUCAAGAGCAACCUGGAGGCUGUUCCUGAGCUUGCUGAGGUUGUUGGAGAUGCUGCUGUAAAAGCUUUUCUCUCUGCCAAGGAUCCAAAAGAAGGUCUGAAAGCGGCUUUCACUGCACUGAUGACCAGCCACAAGCCUGCCGUUGAGGCGGCGCUGACCAAGCUUGUUUCAAGACUGAGCAAGAUCCCAGACCCCAGCAGCACUGAGAAGCUCAUCCUACGGCUCAACGAGCAGUACCCUGGCGAUGUUGGCGUGUUCUGCCCAUACUUCCUCAACUACAUCACCUUGUCGCCCGGCGAGAGCAUCUACCUUGCUGCAAACGAGCCUCACGCCUACCUGUCUGGAGAGUGCGUUGAGUGCAUGGCGACAUCAGAUAACGUUGUGCGUGCCGGGCUGACACCAAAGCUCCGAGACACUGACGUUCUGUGCUCAAUGCUCACGUACAAUCAAGGAAAGCCCGAGAUCCUCAAGGGACAGCCGAUAGACAGCCACACCCGGAGGUACAUCCCGCCAUUUGAAGAGUUCGAGAUCGACAGCAUCGAAGUGCCGAAGGGCACUUCGUACAAGCUCCCGUUCAUCCCCGGCCCUUCCAUCGUCCUCGUGCAAAGUGGGGUCGGGCUCGCCACUCAGGGCCAAGGCAAUGCGCAGCGCGCUUUUGGCGUGAAGAAGGGAGACGUGUUCUUCCUGCCGGCAGAGACGCCCCUCGAGUUGUCCGCUUCUAUUGAAGCGGCCCCGUCCAACGGACACGUGGACGCCCCAUUGCAGGUUUUCAGAGCUGGCGUGAACGACAAGGUCUUUUCUCCGCCAUGUAUCGAGGAGAACGCAUAGCCAGCCCGUGUCGUUCUUCGUGACGAGUAUUGACGACGAAAUAUACAACUAACAGCAAUCCAAAUCAAAAUCAGGAGUUGCAAACCAGGAGUUUGCAGGAACUGAGUCGGGCCGGAUUCACCAUGAAUUAUAUCGACGUUUGUAUAUAUCGUCCUAACUUUUCUGGUCGCCGCAGCAGGCCCAGCUCAUUUUGAUCGAUCAGCGUGACAGCGAACCUGAACGUGAUAGAGUAGGCAUAUGCACAGACAAGUUGCAUACUAGAAUC